GCCUUCUUCAGGAAGAUCCUACCAGACAGAGUCAUCACUGAUCCGGACCUGCUGGAGUCCAGUAAUGUGGAUUGGCUCAAGACAGUGAAAGGUACUGCAACAGUCGUAAUCUGGCGGUGAAUCCUCAAGGAGGUAACACUGGGCUGGUUGGGGGCAGCGUGCCGGUGUAUGAUGAGAUCGUCCUCUCCACUGCCCUCAUGAACAACAUCCUCACCUUUGAUAGUAUCUCUGGCAUUCUGACCUGUCAGGCAGGCUGUGUCCUGGAGAACUUGUCCCUUUACCUGGAGGAGAGAGACUACAUCAUGCCACUCGAUCUGGGGGCUAAAGGCAGUUGCCACAUUGGGGGAAACGUGGCAACAAACGCAGGUGGACUCCGGCUGCUGCGAUACGGCUCCUUACACGGGACUGUGCUGGGUUUGGAAGUGGUGUUGGCAGACGGGCGAGUGCUGGACUGCUUGGCCACACUGCGGAAAGAUAACACAGGAUAUGACCUCAAACAGCUCUUCAUAGGGUCAGAGGGCACACUGGGGGUCAUCACCGCAGUGUCCAUCCUUUGUCCACGGAAACCCAAAUCUGUUAAUGUGGUUUUUCUGGGCUGUGAGACCUUUGAGCAGCUGCUGAAGACAUUUCAGCUCUGCAGAGGCAUGCUGGGAGAAAUCCUGUCAGCCUACGAAUUCCUGGACAGUGAAUGUAUGAGGCUGCUGAACGCGCACCUCAAACUCCCCAAUCCCAUCUCUGAUUGUCCGUUCUACGUUGUCAUAGAAACGUCUGGAUCCGACCCAACACAUGACGGAGAGAAGCUCCACAAUUUCUUAGAGGAGGCGAUGACAUCAUCGUUGGUUACAGAUGGGACUGUGGCAACUGAAGACUCAAAAAUCAAGGCUCUGUGGUCGAUGCGUGAACGUGUCACGGAGGCGCUGACUCACGAUGGCUUCACUUACAAAUAUGACAUCUCGCUUCCAGUGGAGCUGAUCUACCAGCUGGUGACAGACAUGAGGGAGCACCUGGGGGACCGAGCCAAGAGUGUGGUGGGAUAUGGACACGUAGGAGACGGAAACCUCCACCUGAACAUCACCUCUCCUGCCAAAGACCCUGCUCUCCUCGCUGCCAUCGAGCCCUUCGUUUACGAGUGGACGGCCAGCUGUCAGGGCAGCAUCAGUGCAGAGCACGGACUGGGCCUGAAGAAGAGGAACUAUAUCUACUACAGUAAACCCAGCCAGGCUGUGGCUCUGAUGGGUGACAUCAAAGACAUGCUGGAUCCUAAGGGCAUCCUCAACCCGUACAAGACUCUGCCAGAUAACCUGAAAUGACCCAAAGUGUCUCACUGCGGUGGGGUAAGUGGCAACGUACACAGAACUCAUGCUGGAGCUCUAUUUCAGCUGUAACUUUAUUACCAUGUUUUGUUUUUAUGGCAGCUCACGGCCUUUCCUGUUGUACCUUUGACACACAUUUGGUGCCGAGCUGCAGGGUUUGCAAGUAGUUUCAUUGUCAUGUGCACAAAGCAUCACUUUCAGAAUGAUGUCCACUUUAACACGCUGCUGACUUUGUACUGUAGCAGUCUAGAGUUAGACUGUUACAAGUCAAGUUACUGCUUAACAUUAUCAACUACCUCUGCUACUCACACGCCCAGAGUAGCUUUAAUGAAAUCCACGGGUAUUCCACGGAAUAUCCAACAAGUUUUAGACCUUAAAGGGACAGUUCACCACAAAAUCAAUGACACAUUUUUACUUUUACCUGUAGUGCUAUUUAUCAGUUUAGAUCAGGGUUAGGCAACCUGCGGCUCCGGAGCCAUAUGCAGCUCUUUAGACCCUCUCCAGUGGCUCCCUGUGCCUUUGAUAUAAAUUUAUAUGGAAAUGAAUGAUUGUUUAUCAUCAUGCAGAUUUAUAUUUAUCAUUGUUGUAGGCCGAGAGCGAUUAUUGCUUUCUACGUUUGUAAAAAUGUGAAGCCUAUACAUUGAAUUAAAAAAUGUUUUAAAGUUUCAUCAACUAAAAUGCGUGUCAUACGUCUAGGACCUGGUGCUUUAUCUUCUAAAGUUUACUGAACUUCAGUUGCGGUGGUUAGCCUUAAGUCUAUCUAGCAAGGCUAGCUAUUGAUUCCAAAUCAAUUAAAGGAAAAGUCCUGGAGGAAAACAGCGAAUUUAAUAUGUGAACAGAUUCAUUUAUUUUCACCAACGCUGCAAAGUUAAAGUACUAUCUAAUUAUUAAUAACCCACUGCAGAGUAGCUGCCUUGUAGUAAAUCAUAUCAAUAAAUGCUAAUUUAGACCUAAUAGGCUGUUACCUUUAUUCAAAAAUGUUCUGCAGCUCCAGACAGAAUUUUUCUUUUCCUUUUCGGCCAGUAAUGGCUCUUAUAAUAGUAAAGGUUGCCAACCCCUGAUUUAGAUUGUUUUAGUGUGUGUGGUGGAGAUAUCAGUCAUCCUUCUCUCUGAUAUAAUGGAACUAGAUGGGACUCAGCUUGUGUUGCUAACAGCAGCAUCACUUUCCAGAACUCAUGACCUGGUUACUCAAGAUAAUCCAGAGAUCUUGUUUUGAGCACUUUCAUAAAGAACAAUUUUCUUUCUAUCGAUACCCACUAAACAUAUCAGUGUGCAGAAGGAAGUGUGAAUGUACUUGUGGAUGAGAGGCUCGUGCUUGUGACAGCAUGAGAUGUUAACACUAAUAGCGUUCCCCUCAGCUGAGCUGUAACGUUAGG